AUGACAAUCCCUACCGAUACAAUGGAUACAACAACAGUCAAACAUAUCAGCCAAAUCCAGGACGGGAAAACUUUAAUAGAGGAAACCAAUAUAACAACAACAAUGGACAACCUACGUUUAAUCAAAGAAGGCGAAGAUGAACAAGGACAUCAAGAAAUACACAAUGUGGAAGUAGAAAAUAAUAGAGCAGGGCCAUCUUUUCGGGAGAGCACUCCCAAAAUGAAUUGA